AUGAAUUAUGAGUUCAAUAGAUCCUGUUUAGCAGAAAGACGGAUAUUCCUUGCUCAUUAUCAGACAAUCACUUAUUCACAAACCUCGUGUGGGGCUAACAGUUUUUAUUUCCCAUCUCAUGGAUAACCCUUUUCGCUCCGCUUAGCCCUAUCUCCUUCUAGGGGUAUCUUAGUGAUAGGUUCUAUAGGAACUGGACAAUCAUAUUUGGUCAAAUACCUAGCGACAAACUCUUAUGUUCCUUUCAUUACGGUAUUUCCGAACAAGUUCCUGGAUGACAAAGGUUAUCUUGUUGAUGAUUUCGAUAUUGAUGGUAGUAACGAUAUUGAUCUUGAUGAUACUGACGAUAUCGAUAUUGAUGAUAGUGACGAUAUCGAUAAUGACCUUGAGACGGAGCUGCUAACUAUGACGAAUGUGCAAACUAUGUAUAUGACGUAA